AUGUAUGAUCUUAAUGACGAGACUUUAAACAUGUUGUAUCAAUAUAUAAUUGGAAUUGAGCCGCGAACAGACUCCAAGGAUAGGUUUCCAAUGAACAUAUGUUGGGAAUGUAAAGCGCGGCUGCAUUCAGCGUCCGUUUUAAAAUAUAAAGCGCUGACCAGCGAUCAACUGAUGCAGGAAUAUUUGGAUUCUCAUGAAAAGCUAAAUAUAACUGAAAUAUCAAAUCUUCAUCAAGAACAUAACUUGGAAUCAAGUUUAAUCGUAGAUUCAAUAGAAACUUUUAACUGUGAAACUGAAACACAUAGUUACACAGAAUCGGAUACACUAGUCAAUACAGGAACUGUAGGAUUUACUUUUGAAGAAGAUUUAGAUGACAAUUCACAAAUACAAGAAAUAGAUGUAGAAAAUGAAAGUAAAAUUAAUGAAGAUGAAACGAAAGCUGAAAUAGAAAUAAUACCUAACGAUAGUCAAGACAGCUUUCACAGUGAAGCUCCUAAAGUAAACUGGGAUAACAUUAUACUAGUAAAGGCUCCUACAGUUGUUGAUAAUCCAUUCAAUAUACCUGUUUUUAAUAAUAAUCCCAAAAUGGCGCAUAUAAGUAAAACAAAUGAUGAUUCCUUUGAUAUAAACAUGGACGAUGGUAAUGAGAAAAUUGUGGCUAAAGAACCUUUGAAGCGUAGGACGAGGAAAAUAGAAACUUUGAAGAAUCGAAGGAGACUACAGCCAAAGCCAGACGAGAAUCUGACUACACCUAUAGACGAGACUGUGUUUACUGUGAAAUCUCUAUCUCAAGAGCGUCUAAUAGAAGAAGUUAUGGCGCGCAAGAAUAGUGCGAGAUAUUUGAAGGCUGCCUAUAAAUGUACAGUUUGUUAUGAAGUAUUCGCUCGUCAAGAUAUACUGGACAGACAUAGUAUGAGACAUAGUGAGAAAGCGGGUCCAUUAAAAUGCGCGAUAUGUAAGGUCCGUAUGAAGUGGAGCUGGCAGAUGCGGGCACAUAUGCAGAGACUACAUAUUUCCGAGUUCAAAUGUAAACUCUGUCCACUGGUCACGAGAAGUAGGCAUGUAGCUCUCACGCAUACUAAGUUCCACGAGGUCCAGAAGUUCAUUUGUUCUCACUGCGGGAUGCAUUUCGAGAACGAACCGACACUGUUGAAUCACUUGCGCCUGAAGCACAUGUCUGACUGUGUUUGUGAGCUGUGCGGGUAUACCUUCGUCGGGGACAACGGAGUGCGCGCCCACAAGCGGCUGAGACAUAAAUUCGAUGAUAAAAAUCAGCCAUAUGAAGGUCCGCACUGUAAACUCUGUGGUAUUAAAUUCUUGAAUCAGGAGGCGUACGACAAACAUCUGCAGCUCUCAUCUAAGCAUUUAAAGAGAGAUGGUUUCCCCAUACGCUCCGCUGGUUCUAAUCAGCAAAGAAAAUAUAUUAGCGACGAUGACGGAUUUCACAUUAUGACUUGUGAAGAAUGCGGCGUAAAGGCCGCCGGAGUCCGAGGAUAUACGCGUCACUUCCGCGACGCACACCCGGGGCUCGUCCCCGCGCAGUGCGACACACACGACGCUCCCUACAUGUGCGAGCAUUGCGGGAAAAUGUUCACGACUGUAUAUUUACUUAAAGGUCAUAUGUGGGUACAUACUGGAAAGAAACUAUUUCAAUGCGAUGUCUGCAGCAAAGGUUUUACAGCGAAGCUCACAUUGAAAGAACAUAUCAUGCGACAUGAGUCAAAACAACAGAACCACGAGUGCCUGCUCUGUGGGAAACAGUUUGUCCAUAAAUCUAAUUUGCUAAGGCAUUUUCGUGUAGCACAUGAAGGGGUAAGGCGAUUCCAAUGUAAUGUGUGUGACAAAUCGUUUGCCAGUAAGGUAGAGAUGACGGCGCAUGUGAACCAUGUACAUUUAAACAUACCCAGGCCAAAACGUAUUAGACGGAGACCUAAGAAAUAG